AUGGCAGCCCCCAUAGCCCAAAUAUCCAUUGAAGUAAUAAUGGCCUCAAAUUCGGGAUAUCGAGCUGUUCACAGAAAAAUUAGGGAGCUGCAUGGGUUGAAGGUUCCUAGAGACCUAGUGUAUGAUAUGAUGGAGUCUAUCGAUCCUGAUGGAUUAAGGAGGAGAUCUUGUGUUGGAAAGAGAAAGCAUAAAGAAGGAAACCCAAAAUUUAAAGCUGAAGGUUCAGAUUUCACAUUAUUAUUGGACGGUCACGACAAACUAUGUGAUUAUCAAAAAUCAACCUUUCCCUUGUGUGUAUAUGGUGCACAAGACACAUACAGUGAGCUUCCUGUGAGGAUUCGUGUUGAUAGGGGUACAGAAACAGAUGUUAUGACAUGGCAUUGUUAUUUACUAAAUAAAUGUACUGAACAUGAAGAUCCAACCAACAAUAUUGUGUAUGGGCCAUCUACCCAAAAUAAGAUUGAACGUUGGUGGCGUGAAUUGCAUCAUAGAUUGGAGAUAUAUUUUAAAGAACAAUUACAUCAGCUCCUAGAAAGUGGCUCCUAUGAUCCUGGAAAUGAAGUUGACAGGAAACUUCUAUCAUUUGUUUUUAUUCCUGUAAUUCAGAAAGAGCUUGACAUCUUUCGUCAAACAGUUAUGAAUAACCACAGAGGAAGAAAAAAUAGAAACAAGGAUCUGCCUUGUGGAAUUCCAGAACACAUUUAUUUAUACCCAGAACAAUAUGGAGGACAAAAGUGUCACAUUGAGUUGUCAGAUGAUUUGCUUCUUGAGGCACUUAAACUGUCAGAACUUACAGAUGCGGAGGAAGUUGUUGAUUAUAUCACCAAGGAUUUUCGAGCUCGGUGUGAGCUUGUGUUAAACAUUACACAGGUGGAAGCUAAUGAGGCUUCACAAGCAUUUCUGUAUUUGAAACAAAUUUUUAAUAUAAUAUCAAUGUCCUCUAUUGUUUAA